GUUACUCGUUACUCAAAAGACGCGGCUUUUUGUUUUGCCUGUCGUCAUUUUUUUCACAGUGUGCAUGGAUCUGGUUUUAUUUGUUUAGUAGCAGUAAUAUGCAGUUAUUAGCCAUGUCCACUGUAUUUUUUUUGGGUUUUCAUGAGACCCCCCUUGAAAUGACCAGGACCCCCCAUUGCCCCCCCAAUCAAAAGUGUCUGGAGCCGCCACUGGUCUUAUGUCUAAGUAAGCGUUAAGCUGUAUAGUAUAUGCACAUUUGUUGUUAUUUCCUGUUUUUUGAGCUAGCUUGCUAGGUCUAAUGUACACGUAGAAGGACAAGACAUCAUCAAGAGGUCUCAGAUCAUCAAGUUUCUCAGAGGGAUAACAUUUUGGAAGUUGGAUUUUUAACAGUGUAGAAAUGGCAGACAGAUCUGAAAUGGCCAUAAUAAAACUAUUGGCAUUUGUGGCAUGUGUCUGGAUUGGCUCUCCUGCUGACUCUGAGCGUCAAUUUUACUCAUCAAUGGAUCAAGUCAUGCAUCUUGUGGAUGAGGAAAAAUACUUUCUGAAGCUCGUCAGUUCAUAUAUCAAGACUGGACAGGGGAAUUUAACAGCACUCAAGAGCAAUCUUCAGACACUUAAACGGCUCUCAGACUCAGAGGACCCUGAGAAAACCAUGAGCGACCCUGUGGUAGCUUACAAACUCAUCAGACGACUGGUUGUUGAUUGGCCAUACAUUACAGAAUCAACUCGAAUAAGAGAAUAUAAGGACUAUCAGGAAUGGUUGCGCUCAGAUCCACCAAGGUUUCCAACAUGGGUGGAUGUGAUGGGUGCAGCAUUGGGACUGAUUAAACUGCAAGAUAUCUACAAACUCUACCCAGAAGACAUCAUAAGAGGAUCGCCUGUCAAUGUGGAUGAAGCGUUCUGCGUGGGGUCUAUCGCUGAUCAGCAUCAUAAAUACCAGCAUGCCUUUCACUGGUAUCUGUAUGGUUUGAGAAUGCUAAACCAUCCAGAAUUAUUACUUCCACUUCAAGGUGUUACAAAGAAAGGUUUGCUAGAGCAUCUGGGCCUCUCAGCACGUGCAUUUGGAAGCCCGUCUGUGGCACUCGAUUUCUACCACCAACUUCUUGAUUUUAUGCCAUGUUAUGGGGAUCCAACAAAUCCAUGGAAUGAGCUAUUUACAAUUGCUUUACGACCUGAACCUACCAGAAUUCCAGAGCCUGAUAUAUACACAUUAUAUACAACGUCAAGUAACUCGUAUAAAGCAUUGUGCAGAGGAGACCUUGACCAGAGAACCUCCAGGAGGCAGAGGACGCUGUCUUGUAGAUACAGCACAGGAGGAGGAAACCCCAGACUGAUUUUGGCACCACUGAAAGAGGAGAUCGAAUGGGAUGAGCCCCAAAUCAUUAGAUACCAUGACAUAAUAUCAGACACAGAGAUUGAAGCCUUAAAAAAUAUAGCUAGACCUCAGCUUUCUAGGCCUGAAGCAAACAUACCAGAUUACUUAAAUGUUCGUGUUUUUCAAAGUGUUUUUCUGACAGAAGACAACAUUGUUGUGGAUCGUGUCAAUCAAAGGAUUUCAGAUGCUACAGGACUGUCUACAGAAACGGCUGAACCUCUACAUGUUCAGAAUUAUGGCAUUGGAGGCAGAGAUGAGCCAUCUCAUGACACAUUGGAUGCAGAGAAGGACAGGAUUGCAACAUUCUUAACCUAUAUGAGUGAUGUGGAUAAAGGAGGUGCCACUGUAUUCCCAAAAAUUGGAGUUGCUCUGAAACCGAAAAAGGGUUCAGCUGUGUUUUGGUACAAGUUUCACAAGAAUGGUACAAUCGAUCCAAAAACACAGCAUGUAGGAUGCCCUGUGCUUCUGGGAAAUAAAUGGGUGGCUAACAAAUGGAUCCAUGAGUUUGGCCAGGAGUUUACAAGACACUGUUCUUUGUCAGAGUGGGAGUAAAAGACAGUAUAACUGAAAAUAUUUUAAUACACAUAUUUACAGUAUGUAGAUCUUUGUAUAGGCCUAUGCUUAUUCACAGUUGGUAAAAAAAGAAGAAAAUUGGGUCAUUCACAUUUUUUAUUUCAAGUAAACCUAGCACAUUUUUGAAGAAGUCUUAUUUGAGAAAGUUUUUCUCUUUCCUUUAUGCUGUCAAAAUGUGAUGUGACUUGUCAGACAGUCCCUGCAAACCAUAUUAAUUAAUCGAUUCCUGUUUCCUGGCUGUCAAUUUGAGAUUCUACAUACUUUUCCUCCUUAUCGUGCUCAACCAUCUUUAAGGACAUCUCAAUUCUCUAUUCGCCCUGGGAGGAGGAAAGGAUCGAGGAGGCUUUCUGAGGAGUCAUGAGUGAGGAUACACAGGUGUUUCCUUUGCGGAAGUGUUUUAUCGACUAAAUGUGACGCACGUAUAAAUUAUCCACCCCCUGCACAUUGUCACGUCUUUAGAUCAUAUUCAAACAUUAUACCAUUUUUCUUAACACUUUUGACUUUAUUUUAUUAUAGGAUAAUACAAUUUGCCUAAAGUAUGUAUUUAACUUUAUUUUUAUAAUUUCAAUGUGUAAUGUGUACAGUCAUCAUUAACUGACGGCGCUUUGAAAUGAUGCUAAAGAGAGCGAGGAUAUGCCAUUUUACAUGUUUUAAUUCCUUGUGUCUUUUCGUUGCUCCCUUCCUUCGCAUCCAGAAGGGGUGGAGCUAAGAUGCGAGGAAUGGCAGCGAGAAUGCUCAAAUAAGAAUUGAGAAGCACCCAUAAAGACGUUUGUGUAUCCUCCACCCAGUUCUUCAUUAGGAAAAUAUAACAGAAUGUGCUUGGUAGAAAAGCCUGGGGUGCAACUGUUGAAUGAUAAUAUAAUUAUAUAUCUCAAUUGCUAUAUCUUAUCUUGCUUGCUUCUUUGCAGCUUGUGUAUAAGUCUUCCUUAUAGUAUAAACAUUGUGUAU